CCAGAAGACUCCUAAAGUUAGAAGAAGAUUGAAUCAUGAAGCUCAUGCAGGAAGCAGAGGAUGCUAUCCGCGAAAGAAAGCUUCUAAAAGCCCAAGUGGAGAAGCGUCGACGUGAGAGAAUGAACCACAGUCUGGAGCGUUUGAGGAGCAUAUUGAUGCAGGAGCCGCAACAAGCGGAGCAGGGUGCAGCCCAGCGUCGCGUGGAGAAGACGGAGAUUUUGGAGCACACGGUCCUGUUCCUCCACAACAACAGCAGCAGCAGCAGCAGCAGCAAAGCAAGUGUUGGCCCACAACCGCAGCAAUGCUCCUUUCAAGAAGGCUUCCACAGCUGCCUGCAAAAAGCCGCCCACUUCCUGGGGCCCGAGGGCAAAGGCCUGUGGCUGACCCUGGAUGCCUCCUUCAUCCAACGCUCCUCUUCCACUUCAUCCUCCUCUACUUCCUCCAUCCUCCACCUGCUGAGACACAGGCGAGCGGCGGCGCUGGCGGCGCCGGCGGCUCAGCCCUCCAGAACCCCCGCUCAGGGGCAAAAGUGGCCGGGGACAUGCAUGGAGAGCCCUCCGGCCGAGGGGCCCUCUUUGGGCCAGAGCGUGUGGAGGCCCUGGCCCUAAAGGAUGACUCCCCACCCCCAAACCCCCCUCUCCCCCAUGUAUACAUUAUCUGUCAAGUUGAUGAUGUAAAUAGUUUGAAGACGUCAUUCGUACGCUGCUGUGUAUAUAUGUGAACCCACUAUAGAUGUGUAUAUAGUGCUGCUUGGGAUGGAUGCUGGCGCCCGAAAUGUGUCCGCUUCAGAGGUGAGUCGUCACACACGCGCGUAAGCGUAGCAACCCGGGCGUGGAUCAUAAUCAUGUGUCCUAUCUCGUUUGCAGCUGCUUUAAAGUACGAGGGGCCCCACCCUCACGUCCACGAGUCACAAACAACCUCUGCGGUCCAUCCUAAUGAUAAUAUAUAACUUGUAUAUU